AUGUCAAUGUUAAUGUGGAUUUGUCUCAUCGCUGUUUGGGCGCUGCUUGUGUCAACUGAGGGUCAAGGAUUCAUCGAUGAUGACUCGAAUGUUUCUCUGGACGUGGAUAACAGAGAUGACGACAGCUGGACUUCCGAAGCGGUAUUAGAUGUGGCUUUCUACCUGAGACUGUACAAGUUUAACGACUUCGACCGCAGGUUAGUCCACCGUGGUAACCGUACGUUUAAAAUCUUUUCCGCUUAGAAAAUGUAAUUUUUUGGAUCGAAAUGUUCCCUCUAAAAAACUGACCUUACCGUUAAUAUAUAAUUUCUGUGCGUCAAGGUAAGGUUCACAAGGUGUAUCAAUAGCGAAGAAGUGCUACAGGAUCUAAGUCUCUGACGAAAUUAGAUUUGCUAACGGUUAUUAUCGUUUAAUUUGCUAUUUCGACCCGUAGUUGUAUUUUUCUUAUUUAUUAUAAUGUGAAUACAUAGAUGUGUUAGAUUCAAAUCGGCACGAGGAAUCUAUUGGUUUAAUUACGAUAUGUGAUUCUGUAUUUUUUUAAUUUUUUUUUUUUGCCAGUGAUCAACUUUUCUACCAGAAAUCUAGUUUCGAUGUGUCAAUAAUUAGUGUAGCACCUUUUCUGAAAGGAAAGUUUUUUAAAUUGGUAUUGACAAUGAAAUAUUAUUUAUAAAUCAUAGACAAUCGAAUUAUUAAAUUUAUCCGGAAAUGUUAAAAGAAUAAUUCCAAAAAAAAAAAAUGUCAACAAUUUAAUUUUUACAAACUAAAUAAGUGUAAAAUUGAUUUAUUAUCAAUUUAUGUAUUUCAUUUUUUAUGCUAAUAUUUUUUUUUUCUGAGAAAUGAUUAUGUUGACUUAGCAAUUUAUAAUAUCAUGAAAAUAGUAGACAAAUAAUUAAACGAAGAAACUCCUAGUCUCUUCCUUUUUACAUCCAUCUGAACUUCCCCUCAGUGGUUUACUUAUGUAUCCGAAAUACUUAUGUCAGCUUUCGUUCAAAUUUUGUCUAAUGGAAAAAAAUAAAACAUUUUUCGUAUUCAGUCAUGUCGAAUUAUCAUAGUUAAUUGAUAAUUUCAUUAAGCUAAAUAUUCAAUACGGGUUUAAGUUUUUAAAACGGAUUCCGCUUAUAAACAAAAUACUGUGAUUAGGAUGAAAGUUUAUCGAAUCAAAACGUAAUAUUUUAUACACGGUAACUUGAAAAUUCGAUUCAGGUCACUGGCUUCCAUAUUAAAAUUUCAACGGUAAUAAAAACUCAUUUCAAUGUAUAAGUAGUAAAUCUUUAUUAACAAUAUUGGUCAAAAAAAAAAAAAAAGUAAAAACUAAUUUUAAUUUUUAAGUGAGAAAUAUUUUUUAUGAUAAAAUGUUAUUAAAUUUUUAAUUUGGUUCAAUAACAUUCAAAUUCCGUUCUCUUCAUCGUAUCGUGAUAUUACAUCCGUUCUGCUAAUUUUCUUUUUCUUUUACCCCUGGGUAUAAUAUUUUCCUCCUGGAAAUACUGUUUAAAACAACUACCUAUAAGUGUUUACAUUAAACAAAUAAAAAAAUUAAUUAAAAUCUUCCUCCCUCUCGAAUUCUGGUUGGCUAAUGAUCUUCAUAGUAUUUAUGGAAUAAAAAUUUAAUUUCGUAGUAGUCGGUUGUGUUUCGAAACGUCAUUUCAAUAACGACGAAAUCGACCAGAUGGCGGAGAAGUAGUGGAAGCUGUUGGUGAGAAAGACCUACAACAAAGACAUACAAAAGAUAAUCCAAUGAAUAAACAAAACGAUAUAGAGCUCUAUAUUUUAUGGUUACAAAUAUAUUCACGUAUUUCACGUUAUUUUUUCAUAUUUUCUUACGUAUUCACGUGAAUAACAGUAGAACCUAAUACGAUCAUGCAUAGUAAAUUCACGUGUAUCAAUAGUACACACUAGAACACAAAUUUUUUCGUUCACGUGUACACGAACUCCAUUUUCACAUAAUUAUUGAUUCUCGCUUACAAUCGAUACUUCUACUUGUACCCUUACUUUCUGGACGGCCCUCAAAUAUUCCUAUUCGAAUAUAUAUUCUACAAUUUCGACAAAACUUACGUUAUUCUAUUCAAUGACCCUAAAAUGUAUAUAAUAUCUUUGUCCAGUACUUUAUGAAAUCGAUUUUUCGAUAUUUAGUUCUUAGCAGAUAUCAAUUGUCCUGAAGUGUACAUUACGCCCAAACGAUCCACAUAGUUUACACAAUUGACGCGACCAGCCACCCAAAGUCGAUAACAACAUGAACAUAUUAUAUUAUUUCACGUAUAUCACGUAUAUUGUACGGUUUAUCGGUCCAAUGGGUCAAAACAGCGAAUCCGCAAAUAAUAAUAAUGUAUGCGCCAUAAGGUUUAGGCGCACGUUUCCCGACGCAAUAAACCGUUUAAUUGUCUGGGCGGAGGAAUUUGUCGUCGAAAAGCGAAUUAUUGGACGCGGUAUCCGGUCUAAUGGGAGGAAACGGUGGAAAAGUGUCCACGCGCACAAACGGCAAAGGGAGAAGGGGAGGGCGAAGUCGUGAGUUAAACGAAGAUUUCGCAGCGCGAUUAUUAUAUGUAAUACAGAGCCAUGUUUUCGGAGGAUUUACGGUUUCCCGUUUCUUCGAUUUCGUAGUCGUCGUAAACCAAAUGUAUAACCGUUACAAUAUAAUAAUAUUGUACGAUCGGCCGAACGGAUAUUCGUUUAUAAUUUAUAUAUAUAUAUAUAUAUAAAUUAAUCCAAAGAAAUACUGUGAUAAUCAUGCAGGGCAGCGGUACAGAGUUCCUACGCCAAAACACAUCGAAGCUGGACGGUAACUUUUGUUGAAAAGUUAAAAGUCGACUUAUUACUCCUUUUGAUAACAUUCAACUUAACAAAUAUAAUUAAAAUAAAAUUAGCUCGGUUAUCUAUUUUAGUAAAUAAUUUCAACACGAUUCAAUAAUUAUAAUAAUGUAUUUUUAUUUUAACCCAACAUAUAUACAAUGAACAUAAAAGUUUCCAAGCUCCCGUAAGCCAUAAAUGUUUUUUGUGGGAAUAGGAUUCAAUAAUUUCUUUAAAUUUUUAGGAAGUAAGAUUUGCUACAUAAAAAAUGCAAUAAUUAUAUUCAUUAAUCUAAAUCAAAAAAAAAAAAAAAAAAAUAUUUACAAAAUAGAUAAUAUAGAUAGCAUACAAAUUUAAGAGCUGUAUAAAUAAAAAAUAUAUAAUUUAGGUAAAGUAAAUAAAGUAUAUAGAUUCAAACAUUCAUAAUACUAAUAAUUUAUUAACAAAUUUUGUAUACAAAAUAAAAUUAUGGAAACUCAAUAUAUUUAUAUUAAAUCUGAUACAUAAAUAAAUUUUAAUAUUUAAUGGAUUCAUUUUAUCAAAAUUGGAGUUCAAAUUUUACUUAGCCAAAUUAAUAGUUGAUUGGUAUCUUCUACGAUAGUCGUGAAUUUUUGGUAAAGUAAGUAAGUAAAAUAUUUAAAAUUUAAUAAUAACCGUUUUUUAAAAUGUUGGUCUAAAUUUUGAAUAUUUAGGAUAUUAGUAUUAUUGUUAAUUUAUGGGUCAUUAAGAAUAUAUUUAAUUAGUCUGUUAACUGUUCUAACUAAAGAAUUUAGUUAUUUUGUCAAACAAUUUCGAAUUUUUUUUUUUUAACUAAUAUUUUUUGCAAUUUUUUUUCGACAAUUAUUAAGUAAUUUUACGUGGAUCAUCGCAUACCGAGACAAGUUACGAGUCUUGUAUAGAACAUCUAUAAAAGCCUAAAUAUUAGAGUACAAAAUAAGUGUACAAGUGUAUAAUAUCGCAAAAGUUAAUUUUAAAAAAAGGAACUUUUAACUAUUAAUUUAACUUUGAUAUCGUUUUUCUGAAAACGUCACCUUAACUUUGUUACUCUCAGAUUAGUUUUUGUUUUAAAUUUAAUUUUGCUUUGUUCUUUUUUUUUGGUUGUACUUUAUUUACAUUAGGUAAUUGGUUAACCCACCCAACUUUGCAAAUCGAAAUAUAUUCACAUAUAAUACGAUUUUAUUAUGUUUAGGUCUCUACGUGGGUGUAAACUGACAUAUUCGCAAUAUGCUAAUUCUUACACACGUUUAAACAAAAAAUAUAUGGAAAGAGAAAGAGUGAGAGGCAGGAUAAAUUAGUCAAAAUAGGGUAAUACCGGGUCACCCUGAUUUCUAACGAACCGUGGUACUUAUCUAAAACCAUGCUGAUCAGACGAGAAUUUUAAAAACGUUAACAAACAAACAAAUUCGUUAUCUGCGUGUAAUGUAAAUCGAACGUGUGUAGUUUUACGAAUAUUAAGAGUUCUGGAUGCGAAAUUUGAAUGCGCUCGUUUUGUUCGUUUCGAUAUUUUUUUUUUUGCGUUAUUAAAUAUUUUUUACAUGACCGUUCCGAGACUCACAACGAUGUAUGGAGAUACCUUUAAGUGUUACACGUUUCGAACCGGCCGACAGAACGUGCGUUUUAAUUUAUAAUAUUUUUUAUCAAGAGAAAAAAAAAACAAUUACCGGAAAUCAGUGUCGUAGAAACACCACGGUUAUUCGCGUUUUGUUAAAUUUUCCAUUUUAUAAUAAUAAUAUUAUUAUUAUUAUUAUGUAUUAUGUUGUCGUCUUGGAGUCAUUUUUCACUUUUAUGCGCUCUAUAUUCCGAGGCUUAAAAUCUGGUAAUGGGCGUGUAGAGGCGGCGGCGGCGGUGCGGGCGACCGUAGACUUUUACAAUUUCAUCCUCGGCGUGGCGAUACCGUCGGGCCCAUAAAACGCAAAAUAUUAUAAUACUAUAGCAAACUGCGCGCGAACAUCGUAACAUACUACGGGCAUAAUAAUAGUAAUAAUAAUAAUAAUAAUAAUAAUAAUAAUAAUGAUAAUUUGCGGCGCUGGAGGAGUUUAAUAAUAAAAAAAAUGCAUAUUUAUAAGGAUCAAAUAUUUAUUGUAUUAUAUAGGUACCUAAUAAUAUAUAAGUAAUAACAAAUAAUAAUGUACGAGCGUGAAAAAUUACGCGUAUUACAUAUAAAUAUUUAUAUUUAUAUUUAUUUUUUUUUUAUCGAAUUCGUUAUAAAUUUACGUGACGCCCCGCAUCGAACCGAAUAUUACGGUGAAAUUAUCGUUAUAAUUGUUAUUUUUUUACGAUUAAGUAGGUAUUGGACGGGCCUUCAAUUACGCGACCGUUUAUACGCGAUACCUAAAGUAUUAUUGUAAUCGCAUAGGUUUUUGGUGUAGAGUUUCGUAAAAACGUACUGCGUUAUUGCACGGGUGUACACGGCAUUGCAUUUUUAGGGAGUUUAUCCGUGUUCAUAAUGGCGGACACACAAUAGUGUAAGAUUUCGCUUUAGGAAAUAAAUGAUUGAUUAUCGAAUUGCUUAGUAGGUUUUGCGACGAUAUUGUUAUUAUUGUAUUCGAAUAGGGAAUAAUACUCAUAACUGGUGGACAGGGUGGGUAGCCGAAAAAAAGUCUAAAAGUCAAAGAUAAAUUGAGGUUUAUAUACUUGUGGAGUUUUUUUUUUUUUUUUUUACGAGAGAAGAGGAGUUAAUACGUAGUGGAAAUCUACCGAAAAAUGCCUCCGUUAUUUCGAUUUACCGAAGACUAAAAGUAGACAUUUUCAAAAAGUCUAUCAAAAUUUUCAUACAUUUCUUUAGAUAUUAUUAAGAUUUAUUAAUAUUAUUUUUAGUCAAAGUUAUUUUUGGCUAUUUUCAAUUGAUUUGGCACAACAUAACGCUAUACAGAGGACUACAAUAAUUUAUAGAAGAACGGUCGUGAAUUAUCAUUUUUUUCACAAACAACCAAUUAUUUAAACUUAAAAUUACGGAUUAUCAUAAUAUUAUAAUUCACACCAUCCUUUUUUUCACAAUAAUAAAUUAGGUAUGUAAUGAUUUGUAACCUGAAACAUAAAAUUUCGUAAAGAAUUCAUGUAUUAUUAUAUCUCACAAAUUCCAUUUCAUCAUACUAGUUUUAAUAAUGAUAAAUUAGAAUAAAUAAAUGUUAUAAAAUAUAUCGCAAAUGUAUUUAUUUUUUUUUUUUUUUAAUUCUUAGGUAUUAUUUGAAAAGUGACAAAAACAGCUCGUAUUUUUACGCGCAAUUUCCUGUACCUCCUUUGAUAUCGUUUCACUGGGAAGUAUACGAAAAAUGUUCAGAAAACGUUCUGACAUGUUUAAAGUACUUACAAGACGUGAUCUCGGAUACGCAGUUUCAGGUGAUUAAAUAACAUUGCGCUACCUAUUAUUUAUUUAUAAUUACGAAAAGUUUAUUCGAAUGAGUUUUAUAAUGAUAUUACGCGUUAGUGAAGUAUCAUUUGUAAUUUAAUAUAAACGAUUUGUAGCGACGUUCAGUUAAACAUAGUUUUUAAAUUGACGUGAAAAUAUUGAGCUUAAAAUAGUUUGUAAAAAAACAAAUAUAUAUACGCAUAAAAAUGUCCGUUCCCACCACUUAGUACAAUUUAUGGUGAGCCUUUAAGUCACGUUUUCUAGCAUUAUUUCUGAAACAAAAUUGUUUAUUAAUUUAAAACUAAAUGAAAAAAUUAAAACACUACAAAAUUCCAAAUGCCAAUAUUAGAUCAAAAAUUAUUUUACCGCGUACUGAAAGGGCGAAUAUUCAGUGAAAAAUGUAUGUCUCUAUAUUGAUUACUAAUAGAAGUCGCACUGAACAAACGAAAUCGAAAACAAAAGAUACAGUUAUUACGUAUGUUUUUUCAACAUUUCUUCCCAACUAUUAAGUAAGAAAACUUUAACGAAAAUCAUAAAAAGAUCUUUUUAACGCAAUAGCUGGCAAAAAACACUUUUACCAGAAACUGCCACCAAAGUUUACGGUUGGAGCAUGCUUUCUGGUAGAAAAGAUGUUUACAUGAUGAUAAAAAAAAAGCACAUAAUAUAUCAUACUAAAACUAAUGUAUUCCUCUCCGGUACGCGCAGAAUCUAAAGAUGUACGACGAGCACAAAGUUUUUAAACUGACAAAAAAAAAAAACAAAAAUAUAAAAUAAAUACCGAUGACUUUUUAUUAACACGCCCGGACAACAAUAAAUGUUUAAGGUCCUCUAUAUAUACUCUGCUUAGUUCAACGACGGUCCCCAGGCACUAUAAUAGUCGUUUUCUCAAACAUGUUCUGCCUUGUACUGCCUAUUGUCAUUUGUCCACUAUUGUCCGGUAUAUUCUAUUUUGCCUUACCUUAUGUUAAUCUAUUAUUUGAAAAAAAUUUAAAAAGCUGUCCCAGGAUAAUGGGAACGGGUACAGCCAUUGUUAUCCUUCGUUAUAGGUAAUUUAAUGCAUAUCUGUAAGCAACGAUUAACCAUUAUUGCUAAUAAAAAAACCAUUCUGAGGAGAGUUCAAUUGAUAGUGUUGCUUUGUCAACAAUAUAUGUGUUAUAUUUUGGUAAAACAAUUACAUAACAUGCAUUAUAUAUUUUCUUUGGAAAUAUUUGUUUAAUAUUGUACCUAUUUUCCGGUUUUUCAUACGUUUUUCCCAUUUGUUGGGAAAACUUCAAGGAAAAACAACAAAAAAAUACCUCCCCAGUUAGAUUUCGUUUUGGAAAAAGUACUAUCGUUUAAAAUCCUAGUAAAAUUGCUUGCACCCAGAGGGGAAAAAAAAUAAACAUAUUGUUAUACUGACAUAUUUCUCGCUCCACUAAAAGACAUAUUGUAAUAAUGUUCAAAAAUAUUUCGUUAAAAUUAUACAAACUGUAUUGCUAUUUAUAACAAUACGGAUAGUGUAAUAAUAUGUUAUCUCCUCGGAAUAUGUAUAUUUCCAUAAUAAUAUCAUUACUUCAGGUGUAAAUAGCAUACUAUGGGAAAUCUCGCGAAUUUCUUGAGAAUAAAAUGGAUGCCUGCACUUUAGUCGCCGUCUCUAUAGUAAACUAUAAUUUCAAUAAUGAAUAUUCAUUAAUUAUAUUAUGUAAAAUUGCCUAAAACAAAGUUGGCAGUUUUGUAUUAAUUAUUGAAUAUUUUUGCUGACAAAAAUUUCGCAGUUGACAUUAUUACGUAUAAAUUAAAUACUACCGCCGCCGCGUAAUAUUUACUUUAUAAAUACUUGGACGAAGAGGAGCGAUAAUAAGGAAAGUUCGGAGUUUGAACGAGAUAAUUUUUGCUUUUUAAUUUUACAAAAAAUAAAACGCUGGGACAUUACCGAAUCGAAAUCUAACGAAGAACUCUAUAUAAAAUAUUGAUAAAAUUGUACGACGACAUCAAUAAAAUUAUACGCAUUUAAACAAAUUGGUAUUUUAUUUUGAGAAUACAUUUCGGUGAAUUGUAUUUAACAAACUGUAUAGCACUUUGUUCCAACAAUAAAAUAUUCUUACCUUGGUAUAGAAUUUGUUUAGUUUAAUCGUCCCACGCGUUAUAAUGGGACAAAUCCUGUGAGAUAUUGACAAUAUAGCAUUUUUGUAAAAACGUGUAUAGUUAUUAUUAUUAUUAUCAAUUAUUCUGCUUAUUAACAACUUUUAUACUCGAAAUCGUGUCUCGAUUUUUAAGUAUAGCAUUUUUUUUUUAAUGUCAACUAGUUGGUUUAUUGAGAUGAUUAUUUGUUAUUAUUAUUUUUUUUUUCUUUACUCAAUAAUUUAUGAAAAUCAGGAAGAUUUACGAUAAUAAUGAUAAUAUUUUUUAUUUUUGUUCAUCGAUUGGAAAUAAUCGUGAAAAACUGAGAUUUCACCGUAAUACUUAUAUUAACCUCUUUUAGGCUUGAUGAAAUAUUUAAAAUAUUCUGGCACAUUAUUGAUCUAUUUUAUAUUUAGGCAUUUAAAAUUUUCGAGAUUUUUUACCAGUUAUUUAGUUUAAUGUAAAUAAAAGUGUUCGACUAAACAAAAAUGAUUAAAAAUUGAACAGAAAGUUAAUUUUAAGGCGUCCAUUUUAGUAAAAAAAAAAAAAUUUGUUGAAUGCAGUGUUUUUUAUUUUUAUAAGAAAUUUGAUAUCAAAUUUUGACCAAAAUCGUAAAUAUCACGGCCUGUGUAACAUGUAUGACUUAACUUCGCUCCGAAUCGCUUUUCGUGAACAAUGGAUUAUUGUUGCAUAUAAAUUUAAAAACUGAAGUCUCCUCUAAAUCCUAUCUUCUUAACUGCUCAUUUACAACAAUGGCCCAACCUGUCGUGCGAAACAUGCCAUUCUUUUAUAUCAUUUUUUUUUCUUUUUUAGUGCAUAUUUGCAUAUAUUUAAAGUGUUUGUUUGCAUAUUAAUAUUUGUUCUAAUAAUAAAUGACAUUAUUUUAUAAUAUUUCCGGACUCAGAGGAUCUCGUCUACCGUUCACGUGAUGCGACAAAUGAACUGGACUAUGGAGAAAAAUAGCAAUAUGAUUCGUAUGGUCAACGACGAGUGUUUGAGGUUGAAAAUGUCGGAUUGGGAGAAACCCGUGCCGUUUCGAGGCCCGUUGGACAGAUUCCGUUGGAGGGUCACUGCAAGCUAUUUCAUGUGUUGGUACACGAUGCAGGUAAACGAUGUGGGUUCCGGAUUAUUGUGUAACAUUCGAUUCUGACCUAAGCGAUGUGUGAUGUGUUUGGUUUAACUAUGAUCCGUUUCUGUAUAACUUUUUUACCGGAAAGGUCUUGCUCAGAUUUUCAGGUUAAGCGUCUUUUCGGAAUGAAAUUUUAUUGAGGUCACGCAUUGAAGGGAUCAUCUUUUUUAUUUUCAUAGUAGUUCUUUUAAUAAUUGGGAUUAAAAAAACCACAGAAAAAGAUGCAUUAAUGGUUUCAUUAAAUUGUAAUUGUUUAUAUUUAUUUUAUUUUUUUAUUUUUAUCUGAAAUCAAUAAUUACUGGGCCUCACUGAGAAAAACUCGUGUGGAAGCCCAGGAGUUAUCUUAGUUUACACAUUUUUUCAUAUAUAUAUUUUUACGAGUACAUAUUAUGUAUUUUAUUAUAAUAUAAUAAUAUUAUCAUAAAUAUAAGUACCUAUUUCGCGCGUGCGCGCUCGCCCGUGUGUGUAUGUAAUAUAUUUUUCUUUCGGUUAUAUUGCCAAAAAUCUUAUAGGACAAAUCGGAAAUUGGCCAAAUGCCGAAUAGAAUAUAAAAACGAUUUUUCUUUUUCUUUUUUUUUUUUCGUUCCUUUUUUCGAAUCACCGAGCAACGUGUAAUUCAUCGGUUACGCAUAUAAUAUUACAUUCAACGGCUAUUAUAAAACACGUAUAUUCGUAUAUACCUUUAUAUUAUUUUCUUCUUCAAUCAAAUACUCGAAUAAACGAAGUCUAAUGAUUUUCUGUUUGUUCGGUUUACAGCGUGAGUUUCUGAGAACGCUAACUCGAUUUGUAUGGUUAAAUUAUGCAUUAUGCAAAUCGAUGUUUUCAAAUACAUAAAAUUUCUUACAACAAUUUGAGGAGCAUCUUGCGCCCUAAGGGCGGAUUGGGACUGGAAAAUUCACCGGGAUUUAAAUAUAAAGUGACUACAUAAGUAUAUUGAUUACACACAAAACAAAGUAGAUUAAUUGUUGAAUUUCUUAGAAUUUAUAAGGGUGGAGAUGACAUGCUAAAUGGGCCAUACGUUUUGAGUAAAUAUUAAAGCGUUUUCCAAACUAGAAACAGCUAUGUCAAUUGUAAAUUUAAACCAUUUUAAAUAAAUUUUCUCAGUAAGAACUGUUCCAAAUUCAAUCAACUUCUCCAAAAACGACCCUGCUUUAAACCGCGUCGGCGAAUUAAAUUCCAAAAGAAUAGACAUUUCUUCUAAAGUACAAGAUUUCCGCACUUGUCGACACGAAUUUUUUCGAUUAAUUUAUGUCACACCUUAUGUAAGCACAAAGAGCCGCCACUGUAACGUCCACAGGUCAGAUAACCAAAUUUAGCACUGGCCCACUGGGAAAUUUCCCGGUAUUUCGGUGGCUUAAUCCGCGCCCCUCUGACCUGCGAUGAUACUGACUUUGUUUUUUCAAAUGAGAACCCACCUGCUGUAGUAGUGAAAUUUUAAUUUUUGCGUAUUCUAAUCGAAAUUAGAACUUAAGUUUUUAAAAGUUAUUCCACUUAAAAUAGGACAAUAGUCUAUUGAAACAAUUGUAAAUGCGUAUGAUUUUGGUAAUAAUAUUAUUAUUUUUCUUAUCCAUGACAAAUAACAUUCAAAUGUAUUAUUAUUAUUAUUAUUUCGUAUAGCACUAUAUGAAAUACAUAUUUCACCUUAACAAGUAUAAAUAUUUUUUUUUUUUGAGAUUAAAUAAAUAAUAAUUGAUAUAUAAAUGAAUAAUAAUAUUAAAAAAAAUGUCAUAUAAUAUCCAGUUACUCCAUCCACGUUAUUGCUUCUUUUUUACCUUGAUAUUGAAUGUCGUGUACGGAAACUAUGAUUGCUCGCAUUAGGCAUUCGUUAACUAUGUGACUGAUAGUCUGCAAUGCGUGACCACAAUCGCAUACCUCUGAAUCACGCAGUCAUCAUCCAAAUAUCAUUUGACUACUUCUUCUAUGACCUGUCCUAAUACGGUUUAGUAUAAUUCAAAUUUUUCUUGUUAGCUCAAAUUCUGGUCGAUUCAAUUGAUAGAUCGCUUCCUCGUGCCCCAGAAAACGUCUCUGACGGCUAAAAAUCUAUCACCACCGGCUGCUGAAUUCGUAUUUUUAACCUCACAGCGACUAUGAGCAACACGGAUUCUAACGUAUAAUACAACAACGUAUUCCGAAACGUACGGACGUAAUCGUCAACGGAUUCAUUAGAUGCAUAUUAUUAUAUAACAUACGAUGUAUAUUAAAUUACGAAUUAUGUUUCGUAAAAAAAAAAAAGGUGUUUAGUAAAAUGUCCGUUGAAUAAUUACUCAAUUAUAGUGAAUCCCCGCGUAUUUAAUUAUAAAAUACCGAUUCGCGGUAACGGUUGAGACGAUAUUACGUUGUAAAAUAAUUUUUAUUCGAUGGGCACGUUUAUUCCAUGUUACAUAAACGGCCACACGCACGUAUUUUAUUUACACGUGCGUUACGAAUUUAAUAUAUUUAAAUCACUGAAAAGUUUUUUUUAUUUUUUUUUAUUUUUCAAUGUAAGUUAUAACUUCGACGUAAAGAAGAAAUAACUGAAGUUUAUCGUAUUCGUCGUUCGAUAAAACAUUUUCAUUUUAUUUCUGUGUAAUUAUGUACGUAUAUCUGUAUAUGUAUUAUGUAUAGGCCAUUGAUGAGAAUUCAAGUCUGUUUUUUUUUUUUUUUUUUUUUAUAGAAACUGAAUUGAGAUUUACUAUAAUAAUUAUUUUUAUUCGAUAUUAAAACUGUAGUGUAUAGUUUAUAUAAAUUCACUGCGCUUUAAUAAGAAAUAUGAAUAUAAAAUGAUAAAUAUUUGAACAUCUACUUUAAUAAUACUCGGAACCUAAGGAAAUUUUACAAGGAAUAUUAGGCAAAAAAUCAUUGGGUAUAAAUUAAAAUUGUCCACAACGAUAUUAUAAUUUUUUUUUAAAUUAAAAUUACAGUUCCUGCGCACAUUUUAAACCGUUCUCCAAUAAAACGAUUACGUUUUUACGUAGGUAUCGACGACAAAUGAUGUAGAAAUUACGAGGUGCGAUAUUCUUUCUUUCGUUGCAUAGAGGAGUAUUUAUUAUCUUUCUUUCGUUGCAUAGAGGAGUAUUCAUUAUCUACGUAUUCGUACAAAGCGUCUUAAUGCAAUAACUUUUGAACCGUACAAUAAGUGUAAGAGUUAGUUUAAUUAUUUUUAUUUAUUAAAAGAAAUGACUAACAUAGGUUUAAAUCAAGUUAUUUGCUGACGUUUGAAAUUAUUAUUAUUAUUAUUUUUUUUGUUUACUUGUUUUUAUAUUAAAGCUAUCAAAAAAAUUAACGUAGUCACGUACGAAUUAAAUUUGAACUUAGUAACUAGUAACUGACUAGGUUUGAUUUAAACACACAAACACGUAGUCACAGUAUGAACGUGGGCAAUAUUUUACGGACUGUCCAGCGGCGGCUACGUCAAUAUACUCGCUACCUAAAAUUCCGAUCGUAAAUCAUUUAGGUUUGUUAUACUUUAAUGCGCUCUUUAUUAAUUUAUUAAUACGGAUAAACUGACCACAGAUAUGCGACCGAAAACUUGGCCGCGGUUUGAUUACCCUCACAUUGUAUUAUGCUCAGGGUUUUCAAUAUUGCUAUUAUAAUGGUAUUAAAAUGUACACACCCUCAUAUUUUGCAGCGCUUUAACAGCGUUAACAGUGAAAUAUCAUUAUCAACCUGUACAAGUUGUGCACAAAUUUGAACUCGAAGAUAACCGAUUCCCGUGCAUAGGGCCAAUGUUCAAUGGAAACCACGUUAAUGACGAUCGUAUUAAAUAUUGGUACAGAACGAAUUAGAUCAUAUUUUUUUUAUCACGCUAAGGCCGUAAUAUUGCCGUGUGACUUUUGUAUGCCUAUUAAAUUUUAGCCUCGAGACAUUUUACAGGAAUCUGAAAUUAAUAGUUAACUUAAAUUAUUAAGUAUACUGAGAACAAAUUUAAGGUUCAUAAUAUAAUUUUCAACCAAAUUAAAACAAAAUCACAAAUAACGAAACUGUUAUUUACAUAAACUCUGUUCUUAAUAUUAUUACAAGUAUUAAACUACCCAAUAAUACACAAGUAAGAUAAAAUAUAUUUUUAAAAAAGAAAUUAUAUUUGAAAUUCCGAGCAACACUAUUUCUGGUAGAAAAACAUAAUUGAAAACAAAGAAACUAUUGCUCGUAAAUUUGUCUAUUUAUCCUACAGGUUUUUUCACAGUUUCUUUUUCAAUUAUUUUAAAAACUGCUAGGUAUAGCAAAAAUUGACUUUAUCGAAUUACCAGCUAGAUCAAAACGCUUUAAAUUAGUUCUAUCGCAAUUUGUUGAUUGGAGCAAGAUUUCUGAUAGAAAAGUUGUUCAAAGGUACAAAAAUCACAUACACACAUACACAUCAAUGCAAUACCAUUACAUUCUUCACUAUACUUAAAAGUGAUAUGAAAUUACACGAAUUUUCAAUGUCAAUAAUAAUAUUAGUAAAUAUUUAGAAUGCAUUAAAUGUUUCUUAAGACGGCACUCAGUAUAGGCAAAAUAAAACCGUUCGUGUUUCUUUUAAAAUGUGCAAUAUUAUAUUAAUAUUUUUGUUGUUUAAUAUUUUACUAUGUACAUCAGGAUGUUUAUGAUUUUUUUACUAUUAUGUUGACAUACAUUAAUAAAAUAACUAGGAAGCCAAUUAAACGGGAUUGUAAGCUUGGCAACCAUACAUACGUUAAUUGUAAUGUUUAAUCCAUGAAAUAUUUGUUUAUGCCAUGAAUUAUAAUAUUAUGUGACAAUAUAAAAUUAAUAAUUGAAAUUUAUCGGAAAUUGUUUCUGUAUUAUCGUUGUAUCAACAAAUAAGUUAAGACAUAAACAAAUUCGAUAUUUUGUGGUUCAAUCAAUUGACAAUUUGCCAUUUUUUGAAUAUAUACCUCAACAAUCAUACAGUUAAUGACUGUAUCUAUAGUUUAUGUAAUGUAAAUUAUAUUCAUGUAUGAACAGUUGGGACGAAGGUGAAGAAAAAGAAGAUAUAUUAUAUUAUAUGGUUAAAAUACGUGCUUUUUAAUGUUAUACCGUCAAUGAAAAAAAUUGAACAAUGCAUUUAGCGAUUUUCUCAAAAAUGUAAUUUCUUAAAUUGGAAAAAUGGCUACGUCUAAAUUACGAAACAAAAAUAAUUAUCAGAAAAAAGAAGCUAUAAUUUUGAUGGAAAUAUAUUUUGAAAAAUACGGCAUUCACACUGCGGUGUAAAAUUCAAUUUUAAAAACAAAAGUUGCGUGUGCAGUAUUAAAAUUAUGUUUUUCCGUAUUAUUUGAAAUAUUAUAAAGUGUGGGAGAAGUUAGAAUAUAUAAUGCAAAAUGUAACCAAACAAAUGAUGUGAACACGCUUAGUGAAACACCCUGUAUAUAUAUAUUUUUUAUUCUCCAGAACAUUUCGUUAUUGUCGGUGUUUAACGAACCUUGUGACGAUAUCGGGGAAUGUUAUCGGGCCGAAGAAUUACCCGAUUUUCGGGCAGAUAAUAAACUGCCUUACCAAUGCGCCUUGUACAGUUUUUGUCCUGACCCCUGUUGCCCAUUACGGCGAGUGACAGCUCCGGAAGAAUGUCAUGACGUGAAUCCGUGUCGGCACACUAUGACGGAGGCGACAGAGAAAAGUGUACGUAUAUUUUUUACGGGUAAUAAUACACAAUAUAAUAUUGGGCUCGACGAUUUUUUUGACCUCUGAUUUUAUAGCUAAGAAGCGGGGAAAUUCAAAAUACACACACAUACAAACAAAAAAAAAAAAAAAAUUACAUUUAGUAUAACUCAGGUUAAAGAUAUUAUAUGAACAAAAGUUCUAUCAGACCUUUUUUUUGUUGAUAUUUUGACGUAUUUUGCCAUGCAUAAAAUUGUCUAGUAUCUACUUUAGCUGUUACUACCAAUCCGGUAAUUCGUUGUAGGAAGAAGGAAUUUCGAUUUUCACAUUAUUCGACCCUAGUCAACAAAGUAUCGCAGUUCUGGAUGUGAAAAACAAUUGUUAAGAUUGUCGAAAAAAAAGAUUGGAUAAUUUAGUUUGCGCUAAAGUUUAAUAAUCAGUUUAACGUACGAUCCGAUUUUAAUGAUUCUACGUAAUCCCGUAACUGCCGAAUAUUAAAAUAAUCACAUUUUGAUCCGAUAAAUUAAAUAUAAAAUGUAGAUAUUUUAUUUUUAACGUUCUUUAUUUACGUUUUUUGGCUUAUUAUAACAUUAUAUAAAAAAAAGAAAAAGAUAUUCAAUUUUUUCGUAAUUAAAAAAAAAAAUAUUUUAACAGAACAAUAGUUUUGUUAAAAUUAAAUUAAAAUUAUUUCGCUUAAUAUAAUUUAUUAUUACGCGAUGAAUUUGUAUAUUUUUAUUUCAAUUCGUAUUAUAAUAUUUUACGCAUUACUAGUAUUUCUAUAGUGUAAUUCAUAUUGUUUUCGAAAUGAAAUAGUGUUCGUUCAAAUUAUAAAUUAAAAUCGCUUACGAUUUCUAUACGAGGUGUAAAGCAGCUGAAUUGAAAACGUGUUAUUGUAAAAUACCAUUCGUAUUUUGAUCUCGAAAAAUACCAACUAAUAUAUAUAUAUAUAUUUUUGUUAAUAGUUAUGCACAUAGUUAUUUAAAAAAAAAAAAAAUCGCGUUUUCCUACGGCUUGUUUGCCUAAUGUAACACAACGACUUGCGUCGGUCUAUUUUAAUUUUCAGACGUGUUUUCUCGAAAAACUUACUGUUUAAACUUAUACUGCUAGGUAUUAUUGAUGUUGUAAUAAUUUUUCCCCGGUGUAGUUUGAAUGUAGAGAUUUCAUGAGUAUUUCCUUCAACACGCAACAGAAAAGUUACCGGUAUACGUAAACAAUGUUUUGCGUGCCGCGUAGUCGGGAACACUUAGUACACAAUAUUCAUGCGACCUUUUUAACGUACACCUACAACCGUUGUAUUAUAUCUCGUAGGAGAACAAACAAGACUAUAUUAUUAUUAUUAUUAUAACUGUUACAACAAUGUCUAAAAAAUUCGUGUUUCAUCUUUCCCGUGGGCAGUGUAAGUUCGUUCGAAAUCAAAACACACGGUUACCGUCGGUCAUUUAUAAUGAAUGGAAUGUUUCGUGCGCUUGUACCGCCGGAUAUGAAUACGAUUCGAGGUUAGAACGUAAUAAUAUCGUGUCAAAUAUAAUAUAUUUAUGAAAUAAUAGUAGUUAUUUAUUUAUAUCGAUUCCGCAUGCGCCGAAACCUGACGUGUUUCGGUAAGUCUUCGGCGAUAGCGCGCGGCGCAUAAAAAGUAAUCCUUACCGCGGAUUCGAUAACCGCCUGGGAUUUUAGCCAAGUCUCGUUGCUCCUGGAACGAAAAAAUAAUAAUAAUCACUUAUAUUCUUUUAGUAAUUACUAAUUAAUAAUCAACAGUACAUUUUAAUUAGUAAUUAUGUACUUUUAUAUAAAAAAUAAGCCGUGCUAGGAUGAUGGGGACGGACGCAACCGCUGUUAUCGGCAAUUCAAUGUAUAUCUGUAAGCAGUGAUCAACCAGUGCUAACGAUUCUGAGCGGAUUUCAUUAAACAGUGUUGCAUUGUCAUAUAACUGUAAAAUAAUGACGUUUACGUUGUAUUUUUGCUUUGAUAAUAAUUGUUUAAUAUUGUACCUACAUUCCCGUUUUUCCUCAGGUUUUUUCCAUUUGUUUGAAAAAAUUCUAGAAUAUGAAAAAAUAAACUCUCUAAAGUACCGUACCAGUAAGAUUUUCUUUCGGAAAAAGUGUUAUAAUUUCAAAUCGGAGACAAAUUGCUGAUAAAAAAGUUGUUUACAGUAAAAAAAAAAAACCAAAUAAACAUCUCUGUAAAACCAAUACAUUCCUACAUUCAACCAAUUUAUCGCUCCGCUCAGAAUCUUAACAAAUAAUAAUAAAACCAUAUUUCAAAAACAAUCUUCCUAGUUUUUCACCACUCUCGCAAUCGCGUAUUCGGGUUCGUGCUCCUCUCCCGUACCGUAUAAUACAUUGACAUUAUGAAUUUUGUUAUCGCUUGUUCGUAGUUUUGUUUUAUUAAUAUUAUUAUUAUUAUUUUUUUUUUGUUAAUCAGGUAUGGCGCGUGUAUCGAUAUAAACGAAUGCGCAACGGUUUCGGACAUCUGUGACAAAAAUUCGGAGAUCUGUAUAAAUCUACGGGGACACCACAAGUGCAUUUGUCGCUGGGGAUUCACGUGGUCAACGGACCAACGAAUCUGCGUAACGGAUACGGCAGUGAAAAGAGCGGAAAUCCGGUCAGUAACUUGGGACGUUGUAUUCCAACCCUACAUACGUGUAGUAACUAACGCUAAACAUGAUUUAUUGUUUCAAGCACACCUAUACUAAAAUACACGUGCUAUAAUUUCUCAAUAAUAUGUCGCGUUGUUAAUACUUAUUUUAUUAUUAUCGUGUCGUGCUAUCUAAAUUAAUUCAAUAUAUUUCAACACGUAUAUUGGAAAAUAAAUUCGGGGCGUUUGGUAACUUUCGUUUGGUGAUUUAUUACGUUAAAGUCCCCGAACGUAUAAAUUAUCAUUUUUCGUGAAAAUCCGUUUCAGUUUCAGUUCUUUGCACUUUAACAUUUCCUAUUGUAUUAAAUAUAAAUGUUUGAAAUGAUACUAAACUGUCGUGACCUCGUAAUGCAAUUUUCACGCCAUCAUCAUUCUGGUGAAUAAAUUAAAUACUUGACGAAGUAGAUAAUUUGAUCUAAUCUUUUUCAACGUAUAUGUGAAUAAUAAAAAAAUAAAAAAAACAAAAAUUUAACUGUGAAUAACAGAAAAUCCAAUUUCAUUGUGUUUAGUGUGGUACAACUUUAUAAUAAGCAGAUAGCUUCGUUAUUUUAUAUCAGAAUCAAUUUGGAUUUAGUAUUUUAUAUACUGAGCGAAGCGAGAAAUGUUUUGGUUUUACAAUGAUGUUUAUUUUUUUUAUACUGUGACCAACUAUUCUACCAGUAAUCUUGCUCCGAUGUAUCAAGCAUUGCAGAUUUUUUUAAAGUAAAUUUUGUUUAUACGGUACUAAGUGGUAAUUAUUUUAUUUUUCAAUCAGUUUUUAUAAUAUUUGAGAAAAUCGGGGAAAAAACGUAGGCAUACACGGAAAAUAUGUUUACAGCAAGCCCGGUUGAUGAUUUUAUAUUUUUGUUAUUUAUGUUUUCUACCAAAAAUAUUCCUCCAAUAUCAAAAUGGACAGGAGAUCAUUUUCAUUAAAUUUUUAACUUAAUUAGGUAAUUAAAAUAGUUGUUUUUUUAUUUUCCCUAUAGUUUUUUUUUUUUAAUAAUUGAGCAUAAUCAAAAAAAAAAAAACAUGAUAAUUUAGUAGUAGUAAAGUAUAUCGCUUUUUCCGAAAGGAAAUAUGAUUGGGAUGGUACUUUAGGUUAGGUACUUCGAUGGUACUUUAAAACCAACUCUAUAAUGCAAUAUACAUUAAAUUUAAAAUAAUAUUCAAAAUGUCGUCGGAGUUUAAUUUAUAUUGUUUUAUUUUUUAUUUUUUUAGAUUUGCAUCGCGUAAUGAUUUCAAUAGUGUAAAAACAUCCACGUCUAUUGCCGCUAGUACUAAUUCGAUUUGGACUAUUGUCAAAAACAUCUGGCACAGACACUCACCGAGUUUGUUCCGUUCUGGAUCAUAA